CCGCCUAGGCUCUCACCAUGAGCAUCCAGCCUCGGAGGAUCCGUCUGAAGCCCUGGCUUCUAGCUCAGGUGAACAGUGGCAGGUAUCCUGGUCUACAGUGGCUCAGUCCAGACCACCGACUCUUCCAGAUCCCCUGGAAACACGCUACACGCCACACGCCAACGUCCGAUGAAGAGAACACCAUUUUCAAGGCAUGGGCUCUGGAGACAGGAAAAUACCAGGAAGGUGUGGAUGAACCCGACCCAGCCAAGUGGAAAGCAAACCUUCGCUGUGCUCUGAACAAGAGCAGAGAGUUUCAGCUGAAGUAUGACGGCACUAAAGAGACUCCGGUCCAACCGUACAAGAUCUACGAGGUCUGCGAGCAGCUGGGGAACCCAGACGGUGUCGAUGAGGAGGAGGAGGAGAUGCCGAACCUGAUGGACCUUACCAUCAACCCCAGGAUCAAUGACCCCUCCUCCUUCAGCUCCUUCUCGGCUUGUUCAGAAGUGAAACAGUUCAGUCUAUCUUCCAGUGGGACAUUUCGACCUCCUCAUGUGAUCCCGAUGCCCCUCCUCCCUGACAGAGUCCUCCCCAUGACCUCUGACCUCCCCAUGACCUCUGACCUUCAGGCUCGGGGUCAGAUGGUGGAUCAGGGGAGCUUCGUCCAUCCUGCAGGACUCUCUAACGGGCUCCAGGACGUGAACUCUCUACCCCCCUCGGCUUCCUCUGCUGCCCCCGGGCCAGACCUAAUGGAGUCCAGCAGCAUGGGAGGCAUUGAGACCCAGGGGGAUCCUCAGAACCACCAACCCUGCAAGUAUGAUCUGCUGAGCAGCAUCCCAUUAACAGAUCUGGACCUGAAGUUCCAGUACAGGGGCAGGACCAUGGGCUCUCUGACUGUCAGUAACCCUCAGGGCUGCCGGCUGUACUAUGGACACCUGGAACCAACACCGGAGCAGGUGGACUUGUUUGGACCCAUCAACCUGCAGCAGGUCCUGUUCCCAGGUACGUCUGAGAUCCAGAAUCAGAAGCAGCGGUUUUACACCGAGGCCCUGCUGGAUGUGAUGGACAGAGGUCUGAUCCUGGAGAUCUGUGAACAAGACAUCUAUGCCGUCCGCCUCUGUCAGUGUAAGGUGUUCUGGUCUGGACCAGGUAUGCCCGAACAGGGUCCACCGAAUCCCAUGGAGAGGGAAAAGAAGAUCAAAGUGUUCAGCCUCAAUGACUUCCUGCAAGGACUGAUCCUGUUCCAGAAAGGUGAAGCUCCGAAUCCUCCACCCUUUGAGAUCUACUUCUGUUUUGGGGAGGACUGGCCCGACAAGAAACCCAAAGAGAAGAAACUCAUCAUGGUCCAGGUGGUUCCUGUGGUGGCUCGGAUCCUGACUGAGAUGUUCUCUGGAGAACUCAGCUGGUCCACAGACAGCAUCCGACUACAGAUCUCAAAUCCUGAUGUGAAGGACCAGACAGUGGAGCAGUUUAAAGAGCUGCAGAGGCUCCUGCAGAGCCAACACAUCCAGGGGCCCUGGACCCCCAACGUGUCCUGAUCAAACGCAUCCAGGGGAUGAUCAUCAGCCCCAGAACGUGUAGAGGUUCCGGAGGACCUGAGACGAAUAGUUAAUCCACUUCCUGUCCAGAGUCCCUGUACUCUCCAGGUGUUUGUAUUAACCUCUGAACUGGUCCUUUAAUUAACCUUUCACACUGUGAAGUCCUGAUGACUUCAUGUCGAUGCUGCUCUACAGCAUCUGUUAAAGAUUAUUGAUGAUCGAUCAAAACUGAUCAGAACAAAGAUUAUUUCAAAGAUACACUUUUCAUCUGGUUUGUUUAACUGAUAUUGAGUUAAAAAAAUGUUUCAUCAGUUGAUCUAAGCUCAGUUUUACAGGAAGUGAAACAGAUGUUUCCUCUGUGUGAGCUAACACUGUUGAACUGAGUUAUCCUCUGACAUGUUCAGUGACCACCAUUUUGUUUUACAUUAUGUAACUAAGUUCAGGAUUUAAAUAAACACCGCUGCAGUAUUCUUUCAGACUGCACGAAGUUUUAAUUGAUUAACCAGGAAACAGGUCUUUACUGUGAUCUGGUCCUCAGCACUCAGUCCAGAUCCAUCUCAUUAUUUGGUUCCACAGACAAUCUGCAGAAAACAUUUUUGUGCUCAGUGGAUGAAGCUUUCAGAUGUUAGUUACCUCCUGACUUUUCCUUCACGACAAGAAAGUAGAGCCGAUCGAUUAGCGAUCGGGUCGAUGAGUCGAACAAUCAGAUGUUAGUAUUUUCAGUUUUCUUGUUUUCUGUCACAGUAACUGAAUCUCUGGCUUUUGGACUGUUGGUCAGACAAACCAACAUUUGAAGGCUAGAAACUGUGAUAGCAUUUGUCUCUAUUUACUAACAAUUUAUAAACUAAAUGACUGACAACAAUUGGUUGAUAAAUCAAUGAAAAUGAUCAUUAGUUGCAGUUUCACAAGAAAGAGAGAACACAAGUGUCCUGAAUGCCACAUUUCUUCAUUUACUGUUAAUAUUGCUGUUUUGACUUUAAUGAUUCCACAAUUGUUUAUGAUCAAGACAAACUGUAAGAAAACAUAAAUCAUCAGGAUGUUUGUUCUGUAGUGAGGAUGAAAUCCACGUUUCUGUCUGGAUCACUGACAACUUUAAAGUCGGGACAGGAUGAAAUGUUUCUGCUUUGGUUCGGUUUCUCAGGACGUGGUCUGGUCUCUCUGCUGGCCCAGGUCCAAGUAUCAGGUGACCACAAACAAAAAAAACAGCUUGACCAGAACUCUUAGACGGGAUCUCCGCAGGUAAAGAUCAACACAAAGGACAGAGGUGAAAUGAUGACAUCACAUUACCUAGAGGGCAGCAGUGACAUCACCUGUACAGAUUCAUCAGAUGGUGUAAGAUAACAAAGUGAAGACACCUGAACAUAUUGUGGUUCUUCAGUCUGCCUCUCUACAUCUGAUCUAAUGAUUGAUUCUUGAAUCGACGUCUGGAUUUCAUCUCCUUCUCACUUUGAGAAAAUCUGGUUGACAACAGGAAAUAUGUAAAACAACCAUCAGCUGGUUACCCUGGUAACAUGGAUAUGUGAGGCCUAAUGAAUAAACUGGUGCUGGGACAAGCAGUCGAGCAGUAAAACCCCUUCCACACUAAACUGGAAUAGUUUGGGUUUUGGACUGUUGGUCACCUUGAAUAUGUUUCAUAGUUACUUUAGACUAAAUAGAACUUAACAGAAAGACAAAUCCCUGAUACUGAAUGACACCAUCUUAUAAACACUGAAUGAAAACACUUGUAAACACUGUAAUGAAAUCUCACCUGUGUGAUUUUCAGAUGCCGUCUCCUAAUUCUGAUCCACCAAACCUGAAAAAGUGCCACUGUGAAAAUCUGCAGUGUGUCUUUGUUCAUCAGCCACAGGGGGGCAGUAAUGAGUCAGGUGGCGCUCAGUGCACCCGCCCGUCUCACAGGGUUAACACAUUAAAACACUGAACCAUCA